GGUCACCAGGAAGCAUGUGGGGUGUCACAGAUCCCCGCGCUCUGGCCCCCUGGCCAGACCACAUCAGCCAAUCCUCCGUGAUUCAUGUCCGUGCGCGAGACGGAUUUUCUCCAUCGCUGUCUGUCAGACUCUUUAACGGCCGCCCCCCUUCUCUGCCCCUCUGUCUCUCCCGCGACCCGACGGACCGGCUGCAGCGGAGACAAGUCGACCAGCGAUGGCCGCCUCCCUCGGCUCCUCCAGCGGCCUGGAGACCCUCCUCUCCACCCUGCAGAACACCGGCGAUGUGGAGAGCACCUUGAACAACCUGAAUGUCCUGGACGAGCUUCUGUCUGCAGGCAGAGACUCGAGGACCCUGCGUGUCUGUCAGCGAGUGUGUGGCCUGCUCUUUCAGGGAGCGACCGCAGGAUCCACUACAUGAUCAGUAAAGGCGGCAGCGAGGUGCUGCUGACCGCACUGGUCAACACGGCUCGCACCUUCAGCCCCAACUACACCGUCCUGCUGCCACUGCUCCACCUGCUGGCCAAAGUGGGACACCGAGACCGGCGGAUUGGCGUGAAGGCCGAGGACGCGGGAGCCGUGCUGCUGACCCUCAACCUGCUCAAGCAGAACCUCACACACGCCCAGAGGGCUGCCGCCUGUCUGCUGGUGCUCCAGGUCUUCUGCACGUCAGUCUCCGCCGCGAACAUCAUCGGGGAGAACCAGGGCCUGGAGGUCAUCUACCGGCUGAUCCCUCACCGCACCACCAGGCACCGCCACGCUGGCAAGAUUUCCAUCAAUGCCUUCGCAGCUCUUCUGAGCACAAAAGCGAAUGUGGAGGCAGCGGUGUCAGGCGGAUACAUCUCCGGCCUGCUGCGGCUCCACCAGGAGUGGCACCUCCGGGACGCCGAACCUGCCGACGUGGAGAUGUGCCACGCUCUGCUGCGCUGCCUCCACCAGCUGGCCUACAGCACUGCAGGGCAACUGGCUCUGGUGUCGCAGGGCGGCCUGCGGCUCCUCUACGACACCACGCAGAUGUGUUUGUCCACCAAAGCCCUGGAGACCCUGGUGGGGCCGUCCGUCCAGCUGAUGCGCAAGUGUCUCCCCAAGACCCGUCUCCCCCUGACGUCAGAUCGCUCGGCCUACACCUUCCCCCUCCCCGGGCGGCCGACGGCCCCCGAGCCAGACGAGUGCAGCGAAGACAGCGGGGACGAUGAUGAAGAUCAAGAGGGAGAAGAAAGCAAAGACUAUGACGACGACCUGGAGACUGACUUGAACAAACUUCGCCGUCGGCCAGAACCAGACCGGCCCAAGGACCAGCUGCCCCAGUACCUGCGUUUCUGUCCCGAACUGUCGCACGACUUCCAGGGGCUGGACUUGAGUUCAGGUCCAGAUGAGAGUUCCACAGCUUCAUCUUCCUCCGAUGAAGAGCAGGUCAACGGUUUCUCUCCUCCCGUCUCCAGAAAAGAUCGACGACGGAGUUCUGGACUGACCCGGUCCACUUCUGAGUCCGAGCCCGAAACGUCCGCUGGAGUUCCAGUCGACAGCCACUUGCCGGGUCCUGACUUCAACAACCUCCUCAGCAGCAGCCCGGUGCUGGAGCGGCUCGCCGGAGAGACAAGGGACAGCGCAGUGGACGAGCAGAACCAGGAGGAGGCAGAGGAAUCGCAGCGUCACUCCGUCAUCGACAGGCUGCUGGACAGACGUGGGGCUGGUGUUUCCCACCACGACCCCAAGACCUACCGCACCGUCGCCAGAAAGACCAAGUCCAUUCCAGGGUUCGACAUCCUGGCCUUCCCUGAUUUCUGGGGUCACGUCCCUCCGCCGGGACACGAGCCCAUGGCCCCUCGCAGAGCCAACGUUCAGAGACAGAAGGUGUUUGAAGACGUCCAGCGCUUCAUGAACGCCGGCGACAUCAUCGACCAGGUGGUGUUUGACCUGGAAGACUGCAGUCCUCAGAGUCCGUCUGUGAGAGCAGAUUCCUUGAAGUUCUUCUCCCAGUUUGAGUGCGGGAACCUGAGGAAGGCCGUCCAGGUCCGCAGGUUCGAGUACGACCUGGUGCUGAACGCCGACGCCAACUGCUCGCAGCACGCCCAGUGGUUCUACUUCGAAGUGAGCAACAUGCAGGCGGACGUCCCGUACCGCUUCAACGUCAUCAACUGUGAGAAGAGCAACAGUCAGUUCAACUACGGGAUGCAGCCGGUGUUGUAUUCGGUCAGGGAAGCUCUGGAAGGGAGGCCGCACUGGGUCAGAGCUGGCGCCGACGUUUGUUAUUACAGAAACCACUUUUGUCCGGCACGAGGUCGAAGAAAACCCAGCUUUUACACGCUGACUUUCACCAUCACCUUCAAGCACCAGGAGGACGUCUGCUACCUGGCCUACCACUACCCGUACACCUACUCUGCUCUGAAGGCUCACCUGAAUGUACUGCAGAAGUCCGUGGACCCGGCUCAGGUGUUCUUCCAGCAGCAGGUUCUCUGCACCACUCUGACCGGGAACCCUUGUCCCGUGGUCACCAUCACGGCGUGCCCGGCCAGCCGGGGCUGGAGGGACAUGCACCAGCUCCGGAACCGGCCCUGCGUCUUCCUCACGGGCCGGGUGCACCCGGGCGAGUCCAACGCCAGCUGGGUCAUGAAGGGAACCCUGGAGUUCCUGUGCAGCAGUGACCCCGUGGCGCAGAGUCUGAGGGAGGCCUUCGUCUUCAAGAUCAUCCCCAUGCUGAACCCCGACGGGGUCAUCAACGGCACGAACCGCUGCGACGUCAACAGCGAGGAUCUGAACCGGCAGUGGUCCAGACCCGACCCGGUCCUCUGUCCGACCAUCUACCACGCCAAAGGCCUGCUCUACUACCUCAACAGCAUCGGGCGGACGCCGCUGACUGACGUGGGAACGUUCCCGAUCCACCGCCAGGUGUUCUGCGACUACCACGGCCACUCGCGGAAGAAGAACGUCUUCCUGUACGGCUGCAGUGUGAAGGAGACGCUGUGGCAGUCGGGCUCCACCGUCGACACCAUCGGACUGAAGGAGGAUCCGGGAUACAGAACCAUCGCCAAGACGCUCGAUCGCAUCGCGCCAGCGUUUUCCUUCAACAGCUGCAACUACUUGGUGGAGAAGUCGCGCUCGGCCACGGCGAGGGUGGUGGUGUGGCGAGAGAUCGGCGUGCUGCGCAGCUACACCAUGGAGAACACGUACAACGGCUGCGACCAGGGGAUCUACAAGGGUCUUCAGACAGGGACCAGGGAGCUGCAGGAGAUGGGGAUGAAGUUCUGCCACAGUCUUCUGUCUCUGACCAAAGACAUCAACAUCCUGUACAAGCGGCCACUCAUCACCCACGUGGACCUGGACAGCAGCCUGCUGGACCACAAGUCGCACAACUGCUUCGAGGACGAUGAGCCCCCGUGCGUGGAGGACAUCGAGUACUCCGCCGACUGUCCCGCACCCGAAGGAGCGGACCUGGACUCCGACGUGGACAAGAACAUGGCGAACACGGACCGGGACUCGGGUGAUGAGGGGCGAGGAGGCGGAGUCGAGCAGCGGCCGAGCCUGCGCAGCCGACCGUCGCCCCUCAACGGGCAGCGCGACAAGUGCGUCGCACGGAGAAUCGGCGUGGACAAGUCUUAAGCUAACAGCGGCUCUGAGGGCUCAAAUCACCGUCCGGUGCUAGCUAGCUUGAACUGGAGAUGUAAGAAUCUAGAGACGCCACUUCCUCUCUCAGACAAGUGUCAGACAAGAUUUCAAAACGGCCGCCGCAAAAACAACAAGCCUCACUCUACGGAGCAGUACAUUAUCUGCCAGAACACAGAUCCGAUCAAAGCCAUCCCAGACAGCAGGUCCAAAGAUUAACAUCAGGCGCAGACAGGUGCAGCGCAGGGGGUGCCACGAGAGGGGGCCCAGAGGGACGGGAGGUAUGGCCCCAACUGACUUAGAAGAGUCGCAGAACCAAUGCUCAGAUGUGGGGAAGGAUGGGAGCUCAGUGGAGAAAAUGCCCUCUCGGCUUGGUGUUUCCUCAGCAUGUGUGAAACAGCCUAGCAGUGUGAGGCAGUGGCUCGGAACCUACACUGUCCAUUUGACAGAAUAACAUGAAGAGGAAGAGACAGGAAGGAAAACUGAACCAGGAGAUAUGAAAACACAACAAAUAUCUGAAACGCAGAGUAAAAUCGGGUCAGAAAUGGGAAGAACAAACAACAAACAUGCUCUCUAAAAUACACAACUAACCCAGCACUCGGAGCCACGGUGAUAAUGUGGACAACAAGACCUGGCGAGAGCACGAUCUGGCUUUGUUAAAUCACUGGUGGAUUCAUUUUCCGAGGGCCGGGACGUGGCGGCCAAUCAGACGGAAGGAAAAAUCCUCGGUGAAAUGUCAAGGACUCUGUGAUCGGAUCUGUGGAAGCCACACUGGAGAUGAGUGACAGGCCGGGGGCGGGUGGUCCUCGCUGGAGUCUGACUGAAGACACGUGAGACGCCCACGGGGCAUUUCUGUCAGAGGGAGGUGAUGGUCGUUCUCUUAAACACACAAGUCACCAGGGUCGUCAUGUGGUCCUCCCGGCCCAGGCAAGGGUGACCGCCCCCCCAACACACACACACACACACACACACACACACACACACACACACACACACACACACACACUCUGGUUUCCUCCGCCGUCCGUAACAUCUUCAUUGAAAGCUAAAUCGUCCGUGUGAGUGGUGUCUGUCAGCGUGUGUCCCGUGAUGCGCUGGAGACCUGUCCAGGGUGUCCCUGAAGGUGUGAGUGAACAUGGCGUGCAACAUCAGCUUUCUCUGUUGCUGUUAAAUAAA